AUGAUAAACAUUAAUGAUAAUUACAAUAAUGAGGACUUGGAUAGUCCGCCCAUAAUUAUAAAUCAUGUGCCAAACGACAUGCCCUAUCAUAUGGCAGACGAUCCGUCCAGUGAUGUGCCCAUCAAUAUGGACGACGAUUGCCAUAAAGACCCAUCAAAUGGUAAUCCGUCCACAUUUUACAACAAGAAGCCGUUGUCUUCGGCCAUUUCAUUGCCUAAUUAUGUGAACGGUAUGAACGGGGGAUCGCUUCCCAACUCUCCAAACAUCACCCGAAAGAUCAAACAAUCGGGUUUAUUGAGAAGUGUAUUGACACCGCCGGCCGUUCCCGGUUUCAGACCCCCGUCGCCGUCGCUCAGUAUCACUCGUCCCAUAUUUAAUGUCGAAGAAUUCAACAAUAGUUUUAUUCCUAAUGAAAAACAAAAGACAACGAAAGAAAAGAUGAAACGACUGGCGCCAGACUUCUCUCGCAAAGCGUGGAUCCAUCGGCUGAAGAAAUUUUUCCCAAUCUCUGUAUGGCUUCCGAACUAUAACUAUAAACACAAUUUGAUCGCCGAUAUAAUAGUCGGCAUUACAAUUGCCUCAUUUCAAGUGCCGCAAAGUAUGGGUUAUGCCUUAAUAGCGGACGUAAACCCAAUCUACGGCCUCUACACUGCAUUCUUUCCGCCACUAAUGUAUACAAUACUCGGCACAUCGUUUCACAGCUCUGUGGGUCCGGUGGCUAUUGUGGCCGGACUUAUGACCUCCAAUAUUAUAGUCGACGUCUCAAACGAUAUCAAUUUAAAUCACAUUACGAACGAUAAUUCAGAUGUGUUGCCGGGCUUUGAAGGCAUUCAAACAAUAGAUAUAGCGGUCAUGAUAUCCAUAAUUAUCGGUAUCUAUAUAUUCAUCAUGGGCAUUUUGCGCUUGGGUUUCAUAAGUAAUUACUUAUCCGACGAAUUGGUCGGCGGUUUCAUGACAUCGGCGGCCAUUCAUGUGUUCACAACUCAAGUGCAUUAUCUGUUUGGCGUGGGUUUGGCAAACCGGACGGGUAUACUAGUGGUGCCCAAGACUUACAUUGAGUUCUUUGAGAAGAUCAAAGAGGUCAAUCUGACCGCGUUUAUCAUCUCAAUCAUUUGCAUAUCUAUAUUGCUAUUUUUCAAGUUGGUCAUUGAGCAUCAGUUCCAGCGGAUGGGUCUUAAGCUCCCUUUCCCUAUAUAUCUGUUUAUUAUGAUUGGCGGUUGCAUUGCCUCCUAUCUCAUGAAUCUCAAGGGCGAGUAUCAAAUCGAUAUCGUGGGUGUAAUUCCCGAUCAGUAA